GGCCGCCUUGGCUGGCCUGGCAUCCGAAUAAUCCAGCCGCCCCCAGGCCAGGGCUCGCUGCACUGUGCUGAGAUGAUCUGAGGAGAUCCUGGAGAGAGCACAGAGCUGAUUUUAAGAUGACCCGAACGGACCCGCCUGAUCUCCUGGUGUCUACAGUAUAUCAGGACAUCAACGUGGCCUCAGUCGCCCCCUCCCUUUCUGCCUCCUGCCCCCCCGCGAGGCGAUGUGAGAGCUCCAUGUCUUCUUUCCUGGAGAACUCGCAGCGCUUCAACAAGCGCCACUGUCGCAGCUUUGACUUCUUGGAGUCCCUCGACGAGCCGCCCCCGCCGCCCCCCCUUCCCACCAUGGAGCGGCACUCCCGGCGCCCGCCCACCCCGGAACCGUCCUCGGCCCCCCUCGGCAGGAAGGCUUCCACCCGGGCGGCCGCUUUGGAGGAGUACGUCAGCCAGGCCUACUCGCACCACGGGAAGGACGCCCCCCCAGAGCCGGCGCCUCGAGCGGAGCCUAGGCGGCGUGCCCGGUCCAAGAGCGCCUCGCGGGUCAAAUCCACCUUCGCCCCGGUCGCCAUCCCCGUGUCCUCGUGCUCCCCACCAGCACCUGCCAGGAGGGGGCGGGAGGUGCACCGGGUGUCCCGGGAACCUGAGCGGGCGGAGCCGUCCCCGCGCCGGGAGAGCAGCUAUGCCUCCAUGAAGGCCCUGAUGAGCGAGGUGCACCCCAUCAAGCUGCAACCGCAGCGCAGCAGCGGCAGCCGCAUCUCCCCCCUCUGUGUCACUGGCGCCAACUGCUACGAGGAGGGCCCCCUGGCCGUGAGGCCUCCGCCCCCCAGCGUGCACGUCAAGCGUCGGGUGGACAUCAAGCCAGACGAGGCCACAGUGAUGCACGCGGCCCGCAGCGCCAAAGCCUCCCAUGGCCACGGAGAGGCCCCGUUGGCCUGGGUCCGGCCUCCAGGCCCCGCCCACGGCUUGACUGUGCCCAGCAGUCGGCAGGUGUCCAUGUCUCGGACGCCCACCCCUAGCGACACCUACAGCGGGGAGCAGCGGGUGUUGGUGCCGUACCCUACUGAACUCUACGACGGAGGCCCGGCCGCGCCAGAAGGAGGCUGCAUCCCUUACGCCCCGUACGUGCCGACCAAGUUCUUCUAUACUGAGGAGCCAGGCAGCUUCCCUCUGAAAACCUCCGGCUAUGAGGGGUACCCUGCCCAGUAUGGGGGGCACAUCCUCCCACCCCAGACCUUUUAUGCAGAAGAACCUCCCCAAAGCAGCUUCCACCCUCUCCCGGCCAGAACGUUUUUUGUAGAGGACAACAGGACUCCCUAUCCCAUCCAGGAGGCUCCCACCCGGACAUACUACAGCGACGACCCACGCUUUUACACCCCCAGGACGCCCCCCAUGAAAACCAUUUAUGCCGAAGACCCUAGGGCUUAUCCUGCUUUGAGGUCCAACCCCCGGGUUUUCUACACAGAGGAUUAUGGGAAAUAUCAUGAGCGGGAAGCCAUGUCCCGGACUUUCCCGUGCCCUCGCAGCACACCGCCCGUGCAGUUUAAUGACUGGUACUGUUCUGAGAGGGGGGCACUGCCGUACCAAACGUGGCAGGUGCCCCGUUUGCCCCCCCAGCCUGCCCCCCGGGCCAUGCUGUCCUCGUGGCAUGCCAGCUACAGCGUCAGCCCUCCCCGGCUUGGCACGGACACGCGGCACUACUCCAAGUCCUGGGACAACAUCCUGACUCCCCACGUGCGACAGGAAGACCCUCUGUUGCGCGGGCGCAGCUAUGAGAACCUGUUGGCCCGGGACCCACAUCGUGCCUUAUCCCCUGAUGAUCGGCGCCAGCCGGUAGUGGUCAACCUGUCCAGCUCACCCAAGCGCUACGCCGCUCUCUCGCUCUCUGAGAACUCCCUCAUUGAGAAGGUGCAUGCGGAUGGCGGGCGCCAUGGCUGGUUCGUCACCCCUGAGAUCACCAUCACGGACAACGACAUCCGGGCCAACGGGUUCUGUAAGAGCGAGAGGCGGUCGGCCAGCUGGGAUGUGUUGGACUCUGGCGACGGGCGAGACAGGGGCUGCGUCCCCGUCCGGCCCUAUGUCCUGGACCCCAGUGCCAAAGAGAACGCCGCCCGCCAGCGCAGCCUGGAGCAGUUGGAUGAGCUCAUUACGGACCUCGUGAUUGACUAUAAGCCCCCCACCAUUUGCCAGCCGAGCGAAGUCAGCAAUUUGGCCGACCAGCUCCGGCGGCUGAUCAGCGACGGCCUGGCCCUCCCCGCCAAGAAGCCCGAAUCCUGGAAGCCCUCGGAGCUCCGUCCCACCAAGGAGCAGCCUGGCCGCAGCGCCUUCCACGCCGAGCUGCGCAAGGACCAAGGCCGGCGCUCCGCCGAGGUGCCCGGGUCCGCUGGGCCUUUGGAAAAGCCCCUGGACGACGGCUCCCCGGACCUCAGCGCUGACGAGGACGACGUGAUGAUGUGCUCGAACGCCAAGUGCCGCCGGACGGAGACCAUGUUCAAUGCCUGCCUCUACUUCAAGUCCUGCCACAGCUGCUACACGUACUACUGCUCCCGCAACUGCCGGCGAGAGGACUGGGACACCCACAAGGAAAGCUGCAUUUACGGGCGGGUCGGGAGCACCUGCCGCCACGUCCUGCAGUUCUGCCGUGAGAGCGGGGAGGUGCACAAGGCCUUCUCCCGCAUCGCCAAGGUGGGCUUCCUUUCCCGAGGGCGCGGGGUGCUCUUCCUGGGCUUCCCCAACUCUGGCUCGGCAGAGAACUUCCUGCAUUUCGGCCUGGAGAGCUUGCUGAUGUCGCCCACCUACCUGUCGCUGCGGGAGCUCGAAGGCUACUCGGACAACCUUGGGGACUACGCCCGAGAGCUCCGGGACGCAGGCCAGCAGUACGACCCAGAUGAGUGCUUCCUCCUGAACGUGACAGUGGCUGUCGGGCAGAAUGUCCCUGAGAGGCCCUCCCCGAAGGUGCAGGUGCCCACCGUCCGCAAAUACGCCAAGGUGGCCUUAGCGUCCUCCAGCCCCGAGAAAAAGAUUCUCAAGAAAGAGCGGGACAUGGAGACGCUGAUCCUGACGCCCCCUCCCGGCACGGCCGACAUUGACAAGGAGGGCGAGGAAGGGCGCAAGGCCCGCGAGGUCUGCUUCAUUAACAUCCAGCGGGAGCUGCGCAUCCGCGGCGUAUUCUUGCGGCACGAGUUCCCGAAGAUUUACGAGCAGCUCUGUGCAUUUGUGGAGAGCAACAAGCGCUUUACGCCCACCACCAUCUACCCCAUUGACAAGAGGACUGGGAAGCAGUUCAUGUGUAUGAUCAUGGCAGCCUCUGAGCCGCGCACUCUCGAUUGGGUGGCAAGCCCCAACCUCCUUGAUGACAUCAUGUGAUCCCACUGCUGGCACCACUAUUUCUCUCUUUCUUUCUCUAUCCCACCAAGGGUAUCGUAUUGAUUGCCCUUUUCUUGGAAGUGUAUUUUAUUA